CAGUCCAUGUCAGUAGUACCCGUGGCACUGUCCUUGCUGGCUUCCUUCAUCUCCGCUAUCACGGUGUUGGGAACACCUGCAGAGAUCUACACUAACGGGACCAUGUUCUGGAACUUUGUGAUCGCCUACACCAUCACCAUCCUGCUGGUGGCAAGGCUCUUCAUCCCGGCCUUCUAUAGCCUGGGACUCACGAGUACAUAUGAGUAUCUGGAAAUCCGAUUCUCCAAAGUCGUACGUUUGGUCUGCACUGUACUCUUCAUGGCCAAUAUGCUCCUGUACAUGGGACUCGUGCUUUAUGUGCCUUCUCUGGCUCUCAACGCAGUGACGGGUCUGACGCUGUGGGGCGCUGUUGUAGCUGUGGGCGUGGUCUGCACCUUCUACACAACAUUGGGCGGCAUGAAGGCGGUGAUGUGGACCGACGCGUUCCAGGUAGUUGUGAUGGUGGCGGGGUUUCUCUCGGUGAUUAUCCAGGGGACCAUGGAUGUGGGCGGGAUGGCGCGGGUCUGGCAACUCAACACACAGGGACAGAGGAUCCAGUUCUUCAAUUUUGACCCCGACCCUCGGAUUCGCCACUCGUCCUGGAGUGUGGCGGUGGGAGGAACGUUCAUCUGGCUGGCGGUGUACGGAGUCAACCAGGCACAGGUCCAGCGUUACCUCAGCUGCCCGUCCGUCAAGAAAGCGCAGAUCGCCAUCUUGUGGAACAUCCCGGGACUGUCCCUCCUCGUGUCCUUCGCCUGUGUGAGCGGACUGGUGAUGUACGCCCGGUACCACGACUGCGACCCGAGGUUGGCGGGGUACAUCGACAACUCAGACCAGAUGAUGCCGUACUUUGUGAUGGAUAUCCUGGGUAAGUUCCCCGGCAUGCCUGGUCUCUUCACGGCCUGCGUGUUUAGCGGGGCGCUCAGCACCAUGUCCUCGGGGCUGAACGCGCUCGCCGCCGUGGCUCUGGAGGACUUCGUCAAGCCCUGCUUCCCCAACUUCAGCGAUCUGAAGUACACGUGGAUAUCCAAGGGCCUUGCGAUGUUGUUCGGCUGCUCGAUGAUCCUGAUGGCAUACGUGGCGUCCCUGAUGGGGCCCGUGGUCCAGGCGUCACUCAGUAUUUUCGGCAUGGUGGGAGGUCCCAUGCUCGGCGUCUUCGUCCUGGGGAUGUUUUUCCCGUGUGCAAACAAAUGGGGAGGCCUGGCAGGCCUUCUGACCAGCCUUGCGAUGUCGCUGUGGGUCGGGUUGGGAGGGUUCGUGUGGCCGAGGUCGCGUUGGAUGCCGCCCGUGUCCACCGAGGGAUGUCCCUCGGUCAAUGUCACAGCAAACAUCACCACACAGUCCACGGUAGCCAUGGUUACGGCACUCUAUGACGUCAACAAUACAGCGGAGCCCACUUCAAUUGAUUAUCCACCAGAAUCAGUGCUGUACGAACUGUCCUACGCGUACCUGGGAGCCUUCGCUACGGUUAUCUGUAUCGUCAUCGGUCUUCUUGUCAGUUGUAUCACAGGUCCUCAGAAGCCAGAGGAACUGGACCCCAAACUGACCAUCCCGGUUUGCGACAGUCUGUUCUGUUGCCUGCCCAACAGUUGGCUGAAAUGUCUCCGCUGUGGAGUAAAACAGGACCAGACGGAGGAUGACAAGGCCAUGAAAAUGAUGGACAUUGAGAAUCCAUCAUUCACAUCUGAGACGGAAGAAACCAAGAACAGCGAGGAGUCAGAGAAGCCUGGACAACAGAGGGUUGAUAAAGUAACUAAUGAAACAGACACGUUCUUAUAAGUGGUUCUGAAAAAAAAAAUAUAGUUCAGCAGGAUUUUUAAGUAUUGGAAUUUAUUUUUAACCAAGAAAGGAAUAAAUGUCAGAGUGAAUUAAUAAAUGAAGCUUUAUGAAAGUACCCGCGUGUGCACCAGACACCAUAAGAAAGUGCAAAAUGUAUGGUACGUAAAUAAAGAGAACAGAGGUACGGAUUUACAUAACAAACUGAACUGAAUAAAGGAUAUAUUAUAAAUAAAAUACAGUGCUGAUAUACAAAUGUCAAAUUAUAGAUACAAAUGAUCAAAGCCCGUAAAUAAUUAGCAAAGAUUUUAUAAAAUGUAGACGAUGAAUGAGAUAAAAUAAACUAGCCAAGUUGGAUAAAACUGAAGUGAAAUGCUGAAAAACAGGCGCUUUUCUUAAUGAUUGUUUUGAUGACGUAAAUGAUUCUCCCAGCGUGAAAAUCUAUCUCAUCAAAACAAGU